AUGGGCAAGUCAGAAUCUGCCGUGCAUGAGACGCGAGAGUUGGGUGAAAGGAACGCCUUGUAUUAUCCGAUACACCUUUUGAAAGGUGCGCGAAGCUAUGUCCAAACAAUGGAAUUGCUGUUCUGCCACCGUGCAGCGGCACUGCUAAGGGCUCAAAGUGUAAGUUGA